AUGGAAUUGAUUAACAACCAGCUGUGCAAAUUAUCUAUAUGUUUCGGCUUGAUCCUCUUGAUGGGUGCUUGGUCUUGUGAAGCCACUUCUCGCAGUCUCCAAGAUGCAUCAAUGCGUGGGAGAUAUGAGCAAUGGCUUGCUCGUUAUGGCCGCGUAUAUAACGACAUUAACGAGAGCGAGAAGCGAUUCAAUAUAUUUAAAGAAAAUGUGGGGUUUAUCGAAUCUUCCAAUAACAAUGCAAAGAAAUCUUACAAAUUGAGCAUCAACCAGUUUGCAGACCUUACAAAUGAAGAAUUCAAGGCCUCAAGAAAUGGAUUCAAGGGGCAUGAAUGUUCCGCAAAGAAGACUUCUUUCAAAUACGAAAAUGUUACAGCAGCGGUCCCGGCUUCAAUGGACUGGAGAAAGAAAGGAGCUGUAACUCCUAUCAAGGACCAAGGCCAAUGUGGAUGUUGUUGGGCUUUUUCCGCAGUGGCAGCCACGGAAGGAAUUACUCAGCUUACCACUGGUAAAUUGAUCUCUUUGUCCGAGCAAGAGUUGGUUGAUUGUGAUACAAGUGGAGAAGACCAAGGUUGUGAAGGUGGCUUGAUGGACGAUGCCUUUCAGUUCAUCCAACAAAAUCAUGGGAUUAGUACGGAAGCUAGUUACCCCUACAACGGUGUUGAUGGUACAUGCAACACAAAGAAAGAAGCCACCAUUGCAGCCAGGAUAACUGGGUAUGAAGAUGUUCCAGCAAACAGCGAAAAGGCUCUUCUUACCGCUGUUUCUCAUCAACCAGUUUCUGUUGCCAUUGAUGCUAGUGGUUCUGAUUUCCAAUUCUAUUCAAGUGGUGUCUUUACGGGAACUUGUGGAACGAGCCUAGACCAUGGUGUUACUGCAGUUGGUUACGGCGUGAGUGAUGAUGGGACCAAGUAUUGGUUAGUAAAGAACUCAUGGGGUACAGAAUGGGGUGAAGAGGGGUACAUAAGAAUGCAAAGAGAUGUUGAUGCAGCUGAAGGACUUUGUGGCAUAGCGAUGUCUGCCUCUUACCCCACUGCAUAG